AAACGGCUCCAAAUUUACGCGGUGCGUUCUGUCUCUCUCUCCUCGAGGAGUCUGACGCAACAGCAAAGCAAGUAACAGUCGUGGCGCCCAGAUCGUAGAGAACUCGCGCCACUUUGCUCUCUGAAUUAUUUUUUGGCUCAUUGCGAAACCCUGAUUAGUCAUAUCCUCUCUCUCUGAAAACCCUAAAUUUGUAUUUGAUAGAUUUUGGGUGAGACGAAAAGUGGAAGAGAAGUAAAUUAACGGCGACGCCGAAGAUGCUCGGCGAUGGCGAGGAAACUCCUUCCAGGUAUGAAUUGCUGAGUAUGGUGAAGAAAAACUCGAAAUUAUUAGGGAAAACUGUACUUGAUGAGCAUGAUAGUUCGGAUGUUGAAUUCGAUUCUCGCUUCUGGCAUGACGUGCUGGAUCUCUAUUUUUUUCGUGGUAAGGAGUCUAAGAGGCGGCAGGACGAUGAUCUUGUAUUUUUAGUCAGAAAGUUGGGACAUGGUGUUAGUGAAGAUAAGGAUGGUGCUCCUCCUUACUUUGUACGCAGGUGGGCCCCUAAGUUGGAUGACAUGAUUGGUGACAAUGCUAUAGACGUGGACUGGAGACGCUCAUUUUACCUGAACUUGAUCGCUCAUACUUCAUUUUCUGUCACAGUGGCUAUUUGCAGUCAUCAGGAUCUUCUGAAGCAUCAAGCUGCAAGAAAUACACCAUUAUCUCCUGUAUAUAAGGUUGUAAAGACUGUUUAUGCAUCUCCAAGCCGGGUUGAUUUUCAUCUGGAUUCAAAGAAGGAAGUGGAGACAACACCUGCCUAUCCAGAUAUUUGUUUUGCCAUAGAUGAUUUUGACUCUACUUUUGAUGCCGUGGUAUUGACAGAAUUAGACCAUUGCUACUGUGUACUUCUGAAUGCACAGGGUGGGGCAGCGUUUCCUAGUGAUCAGGAACAAAAUGAUUGCAGUUCUAGCGAUGGAUCCUCUGUAACAAUGGACACCGAUAUUGGAAAUACUAAAGAUACCAAGAUUACCCUUUUCUCAGGAUUUGUCAGUUAUUCAAUGGUUCGAGAUGCAUAUUAUGGUAGCAAAUCUCGGUUUGGGAGUCUUCUAGCACUUGGGAAUUCGCCUGGCAAAUCAGACCGACUCUACAUGAAAGGUCCUGGAGGUCGAGGGGAAGUUGAAGUAGCUGUUUCUGGUAUUGCAGAUCAAAGCCAUGAAGACUCAGGUCGUUUUUCACCUGUCAUUUCAAAACGGGGAUUUGGGAUUGGCUCAAUUGUUCGCAAAGCAGCAGCUGUAGCUACUGUGGCAGCCAAGCAUGCGUAUGCAGCUGCUGCUGCUUCCAACACAAGUUUGGAUGAAGAGAUGGUGCCUCUUAAAUGUUGCCUAAUGUCCAUAUCAUUACCCUGGGAACACAUUGCAAAUGAUCUUUUGUUCAAGGUAAGGGAACUCCUCCAGUGAACUUGUAAGCUUCAUUUGUUUCCAGUGAUCGGAAAUCAGAUAUUACUGCACGUGGCAGGGAAAUGUGGAUAUCGGAGUACUAGAGAUUGGGUUAUUGAAGACUGUCAUCCAUCCAUCUCUCUCUCUCCCCUUCCUCCCCCCUGUUUCCCUCUACCCCUCUCUCCCUCCGAGAAGGAUGGUCUUCCCUUCCAAGACCUAUUGAAGAUAGUAAUCCUACUCCACCAGAGAGGGAUGGUCAUCACUUGCAAGAACAAUCGAAGACUGUAAUUAUAGUCCCUCUCUCUCUCUCUUUCUCCUCUUUCUCCUCCCACUUGUGUCGUUUGUGGGUGUGGUGUCUAGUCCAGUAUUUUAUUUGUUCAUUUGGUGAAAUGCAGCACGAGUAUUUUAUGGGUGUUAAAAUGUAGAAGACAUUGAGCGUGUAAAUCAGAUGUAUCUUUUUUAAUAUAAGUUAUAAUUUCAUUUUUCAAA